AUGGGGGCACCCGAUCUGCGCAACCUCGCCGUCCCACAGGUCUCCUCCGGUGCUGCGCGCUCGGCGGAUCCUCUCUCCAUUGAUGCUCCCCUCACCGAUGGAUCUGGGGCCCGUCCCCCGUCCCCUUCCGUUCUCUUCCGCAGAUUGACGGCUUCUCGUCUCCAAUGGGAGAAGAUGGCGGCGAUGGGUUCCAAGAAGAAGGGCGGGGCGCGGGACGUGGUGGCCGAGCUCACCGACGACGUCCUCGUCGACAUUAUCUCGCGCGUGCCGGUAAAAUCGCUCGGCCGAUGCAAAAUGGUCUGCAGGCGCUGGCGCGACCUCAUCUCCCACCCGGAGCACCGCAAGAGGCUGCUCCAGACCCUUGAGGGCUUCUUCUGCAUGAGCUACGACAGAAACCGCUCCCCAAAAUCGGCUCGUCAUUUCACCAACGUCUCGGGAGCAGGCGAGCCUCUGAUCGACCCCUCCUCCCUGUCGUUCCUGCCCAAAUAUGAGAACACUGACAUCGUGGAUAGCUGCAAUGGACUCCUGCUUUGCCGCUGCUGGAAACCCACGGAUCCUGUGGCAAUGGACUACGUCGUGUGCAAUCCGGCCACUGAGAAAUGGGUGGUCGUUCCUGAUUCCGGCUGGUCCAGCAAGGGCACACUUUACAAGGGAAGGCUUGCUCGAUUGGGGUUCGACCCAGCCGUCUCCUCCCACUUCCACGUGUUUGAGUUCAUACCAGAUGAUGUUUGGUAUAUGGACGACGAAGAGAUGAAGGAGAACAACAGGUUUGAUGGAAGCAUAGAGGUAGUGGCCAUCUACUCCUCCAAAGCUGGAGUUUGGAGUUUCAACGAGGACAAUGUUGUAUUGGGUGAUCAAUUUGCGAUGCCCAUGGAUUCAAAAAGUGUAUUUUUCAAUGGGGUUCUGCAUCUGACUACUUAUGGCAUGGUAGUAGCCAUUGACCUGGAGGGAAAUAUUUUGAGAGGCAUCCCUAUUCCUAUGCCAGACUAUGAUGAAUAUAAUCCUGGUGGGUCAUUGGCAGAUGAGAACUAA